GCUUCGUUGACGGACGUGUGAAUGCAAUAAGCGGCUCCGCUUUGUAGAAAACGUUACCAAACCGCGCGUAUAUCGAUCAGACGCGUUUUGUGGCAGUCAAAGUUACACAAAUGCUUGAGUGUUGGUGCCUGGUGCAGUGAGUGAAACCGCGAACGUGCGAACGAGCGAAAGAGCGAACCAGCCCACGGGUGAUUACACUAAGCGAGUGUUGAGCGCAUGAGCGUUUUGCCAACAACCACAGUGAGGCGAACAAGCGCGCCGGUGUAACACCGAACUAUGUUAAAGUUGCUCAAAUUUUGAACUAUUGUUUUAGUUCUAGUAGUGCCAUUUUGAAAGGCCCAAUAAGCAAAAGUGAUUGAUUAACAGGCAAAUAUUGUGAAAAUAAGAAAUUACAUUGAAUUCGUUGCUGACGUUUAACGGGUUAAUGGCGCAUAAACGCAAGCAUAACAGCCGAAUUUUCCUAUACUGAGAAAGUUUUAAAACUAUCAAUUUGCUAAAAUAACUUAGAUCGCUGGUUUUUCUUUUGCUUUUUUCACUUUUCAUACACGGAAGAUAUAAACAGUGUUGCGCUUGAAGUAAAAAAAGAGAGAAAUUACAUUAAAUAGUUUAAAAUGUGGCUGAAUUGUUGGAUGCUUAUGGCUUGGGCAAUUUCUCUGAUUGCUGUGGUAGAAAGCUCAUGGGGUUCACCGGGUGAUGGUCAGUAUCACAUACAAACAGAUGAAGGACCGGAGCGCUAUUUUCGUUUUCAAACGGACAAUGGACAGUUCCGUAAGGAGCGACGUCUCCAAGACGGUACAGUUGUAGGUACCGAGGCUUGGAUAGACGCUGCUGGCUUUCUACGUCAAAAAGACUAUAUCGCUGAUAAAGAUGGUUAUCGCAUAUUAAAGUCGAAGACAGUUUUUGUUGGCAAUGGCAGACACAUUGAGGAUGCCAUUAAAUCUGCAAAAUCAGCUCCAGCCCAAUCAGGCGUUCUUGUCAAUGGCCGUUCUGGAUAUGCAAAUAGUGUUAGCGAUGUUGAAAAAUCAAAGCAAAACCUUAAUGCAUACUCACCCACGCCGUCUAAGAUUAGUGCGCCGGUCGUUGUGCAUGAUCCCGCUUCAGAGGCUUACGAUGGCAAAUUGAAUUAUCUCUCCCCAGCCGAUGCUGCCAAUAUUGAGCCCUCAGGUAAUCUUGGUUUCGAUCACUACCCUGAUGAGCUACCACGACUACUGCAAGGUGGACAACGGAAUGUUCAACUCCAAGCUUCCAAUGGGCGUCAAGUUGAAUCUUACGACACACCACCAACCAAUUCAAUCACGGAAUAUAAUCCAGACUCAUCACACGCACAAAGCACUAAUACCGCCGUAGUGCCAAAAGUACCAACGCUGGAAAUGCAACCACCCUUAAUAAACAAUGGUCGGGCUCGCCAACGGAUACGGCCAAUUGCCGUAUAUGAUACAAAGCCCGCACCCAUUUCAAGCAAUGAAGAAGCUAGCGGUUACGAGUAUUCUACUCCCACUCCAUUUGCGCCAGCGACCACCGAAAGUGUACUCAGCACGAAUGGAUAUUAUUACCAACAUUCUCCAACGGCACCUUCAUAUACAAACGCCGCAGCAAAUCCUCUGGCGAUCAAUCAACUUGAAGGUGGACUGCUGCCACCAUUGCCACCGCCGACAAGUCGUCGCCAUCGUCCGCCAGCAGUCAACAGUGUUGGUGAGCCCGGCGAGUAUGAUGGUGUUGGAGUGACAGCCAAUGGAUUCCGUUACUUCUUACCACGCCAAUACCAUGAGGAAGAACGAUUUGAAGGCGACAAACGAGCAGGCAGCUUUGGCUACGUAGAUCCAUUUGGUAUUCGUCGAGUUGUAUACUACAACGCGUCGCCCGGACGGGGAUUCGUGCAUAGGAAUAACAACCGGUACGUGGGCCUAGGAGCAGCACCAUACGAUGCCGCUGUCUAAUGUGAAAGAAAGUCGAACAAUACCCUGCACUUGCUAAACAACUAAGUACCAAGCGGGCUCUCAAACUGCAAAUCUACUUUUUAACACAACACCGACUUCGUCUGGCAGCGAACAAACCCAGGAACCAAUUAGCCCAAAGCAGCAAUCAACUAGCCAAAGAAGAGACAUUGGAGUAAUGGCUUAGCAACUUACAAAUAGUAAUUAGAAUUAUAAUUAGUUGAAGGCAAAUGCGCCGGCGAAUUGCCAGAGAUACAAAAACGAUGGAGAUUGGAGACGAGUUCGGCCAAUUAUUGCCUGCAUUUGAGGGGUAUACAGGAAUGUACGAUGCAUUGUUCGCAUUUUGAGCAUAUGUAAAUGUAUCUGUAUGAGUAUGUGUAAAUUAUGCGUAUGUGUCUGUGUUAGUUUGAUUUAAUUAAAAAAUAAUUAUUGUAUUACGUAACAAAAUGCAACGGCUCUGAGCUGUGUAACUGAGUAAGAUGGCGCCGAACGAACGAGCUUAAGUAGCUAACAAAAUCACUUUCAUGUAUUAAUCUUGCCAUAUUAACAAAAACAAAGAUAAAAACAAAGCAAAUAACAUAUGUAUGUAUUUAAGAAAUAUAAAUAUAUACAUAAAAUUCAUAUUAAAAUAUAUUUAGCAGAUAGAGCAAUUAAAUUACGAAUCGAAGCUUAGCUGAAAUAAUUUAUACUCUUACAUUGUAGUUGUAAACUAAUCGUAAUAUGUAAUUAAUUUAUAUUUUUAUUUAUAUGUAUAUAUUAAAUGUAUAACUUCGUGCUUAUUAACCUGAGGAUGCUGUUGAUUGACGACGUUAGAAAAUCGAGUGACAAUAUGCAUUUGCGUAUUUUCGCAAAAUACUAAACAAAAUAUCGAGUAAACAUUUUCUCCACUCACUUCCUGGCCAAUAGAUGUUUAUUGUAAUUUAGCCAUUAGCUUCACUCAAUAAUAAACUAAUCAACUAUGAAUUAUUUGUAUGUAUGCACACGCAUAUGUGUGCAUGUGAUGUAAUAGACAACCGUUGCCGGGAAACAUCGAUUAUGUCGAGAAAAUGUUAGAAGUUCAAUGCUAUAAUAAAUAUUGUGUAAUUAAACAUAGUAAA